GCUCAGGAGGGGCCUGCUCUCAGAUUGGAAUGAGACCCCAGCUCUAGCUGGGGUUCUUUCCAAUAUAGAGGAGACGGAUUCAAAGGGACUUCAGGUUGUUGAAAACCAGACGUAUGACGAGCAUCUAGAGAUUAAUGACUCUGAAGAGGUUGCAAGUAUUACUACUCCAACCCCAAAACACAAAGGAAUUAAUCUUUCUGCCCAUCUUACAGACAAGAUUAUGGCUGACAACGGCAAUGACGAGUUUGCAGAAGAAAACAGUAAGAACAUAGGACUUCAGAAAGGCAAGGCAGGGGAUGGAGAGACAGUACAGGAGGAUAAGAACUCGAAACUGGCACCUCAGAGGGGCUCCAGCGAAAAUGAUGAUGACGGUGAUGAAGAUGACGAUGAUGAUGAUGGCAUUUCGGAAACCGACUCAGAUGAUGAUGAAGACGACGAGCAUAGGGCUUCUUUGGAAGGAGCCUACAAUCCUGCGGAUUACGAGCAUUUGCCCGUUUCUGCGGAGAUCAAGGAGCUCUUUCAGUAUAUCAGUAGGUACACACCUCAGCCUAUUGGCGUGGAUCACAAGCUGAAGCCUUUCAUUCCUGAUUUUAUCCCGGUCAUUGGGGAUAUCGAUGCCUUCUUAAAGGUUCCACGUCCUGAUGGGAAGCCUGACAACCUCAGCCUGUUGGUGUUAGAUGAGUCGUCCACAAAGCAGUCAGACCCCAUGGUGCUCUCCUUGUGGCUAACAGAGAAUUCCAAACAGCACAAUGUCACGCAACACAUGAAAGUAAAAAGUCUGGAAGGAGCAGAGAAAUAUCCCAAAGCCAGUGACACAUGGAUUGAGAGCAUCUCCGAACUGCACUGUUCAAAGCCCCCCGCAACUGUGCACUACACCAGGCCCAUGCCUGACAUUGACACACUGAUGCUAGAAUGGUCCCCCGAAUUUGAAGAGCUUUUGGGCAAGGUGAGCCUGUCCACAGCAGAGGUCGACUGCAGCCUGGCAGAGUACAUUGACAUGAUCUGUGCCACCCUGGACAUUCCUAUCUACAAAAGUCGGAUUCAGUCCCUCCACCUGCUCUUUUCCCUCUUUUCAGAAUUCAACAACUCCGAGCAUUUUAAAGCUCUUGCUAAAGGCAAGAAGACUUUCACCCCUUUAUCCAGCUCCACUCCCCAGACUGAAGAUGCAGAGAUUUUCACCAUCAGCUGAGACCUGGCCUCUGGCUAACCUGGACCAUCUGCAGGGUGAGGAGAGUUGGGUGGAGGAGGGAUCACGGUCUGCUCUCCGGAGUCUCUUUAUAGUGCUCCGCCAUCCUCCACCUUCUCCAUCAGAACCCACUGUUCAAGUGCUAUCCAGUGUCUCCACUGUCCAUUCAGUGGAGUGACACCUCUCCCCUCUGUGUCUACUGAGCUAGAAGAACUGGAAUCUCGGGCUUCCA